CUUAGUUCUCACACAAUGAAGUUCCUCAGCUGGAUGCAAAAUAAAUUUGGUGGAAAACAAGAGAACAGAAAACCAAACACAUAUACAACCACUACAUAUCAUGGAAAACAAGAGCCUCGAGAAGAAUUCAGCGAUUGGCCUCAUGGUUUACUAGCAAUUGGAACAUUUGGAAAUAACAAAGAAAUUCAAGAAAACUUGGAUAACCAAAAUGCACAAGAGGAUCCAUCCUCAUCAGAGGAAAUAGCAGACUUCACUCCUGAAGAAAUUGGGAAACUACAAAAGGAGCUAACUAAACUCCUGAGACGAAAAACAAAUGUGGAAAAGGAAAUUUCUGAGCUUCCAUUGGACAGAUUUCUUAAUUGCCCUUCAAGCUUGGAAGUUGAUAGGAGAAUCAGCAAUGCGCUUUGCAGUGAAUCAGAUGCCAAAGAAGAAGAUAUUGAGAAGACACUUAGUGUCAUACUUAGUAAGUGCAAAGACAUUUGUGCAGAUAACAGCAAGAAAGCAAUUGGGAAGAAAUCUAUUUCUUUCCUAUUGAAGAAGAUUUUUGUCUGUAGAAGUGGAUUUGCACCUGCACCUACCCUUAGAGAUACCCUUCAAGAGUCAAGAAUGGAGAAGCUUUUAAGGACAAUUAUUCACAAGAAAAUUUACUCCCAAAACCCUUCUCGGGCAUCAUUGAUGAAGAAGUGCCUAGAGGACAAGAAGAUAACAAGGAAAAGGAAUGAGGAUGAACCAGAGGAGAGAACUGAUGAUGGCUGUAAAUGGGUCAAGACUGAUUCUGAAUAUAUUGUUCUAGAGAUAUAAACCUUCCUCAAUUUUUACUAGUUCUAUUAGUACAUGUUCAGAUUCAAGAAAGAAGUCAAAGGUCUUAAGUACAUGAUGAUGGGGGGUAUGAAGUGGAGCUCACAUUUUUUUUUUUUUUUAGAAGAAGUUUAUCUGUGAUCUUAUACCAAGAAAUGAGUGGUGCAUAGCAACAUCUCUGUUUUGCU